AUGGGAUAUUAUUUUAAUUAUUAUAAUAAUAAAAUUAUGUAUAGCUUUUGUGGAAAUGGGUGGGAAGAAGGAGUCCAAAGAUUAUUUUCAAUUGAAUAUGAUGACGGAAAUGGAAAGAUAAGUGUUUCCGAGUUAGAACAAUUUAUGGUAAAAAUUUACCACUUUCCUUAUAGCGUUGGUGACAUAAAAACUCGUAUAAUUUCAAAAAUUAUAAACGUCAUCAAUGAAUUUCUUGCUGAUGCAGAUGGGAAAGUUGAUUUCGAAAUAUUCAAGCGUGUUUAUGCCUACAAACGUCUUGAUAAACAUGGAUAUGGCGGAAUAGGACUUCAGAGCUUCUUGGAAAUUGUUGGGCCAAAAGGAUGGACGGAUGAAAUGGUUACAUCGUGAUUCAGAAGGUAUGGAGAAGUUUCAACAACUGGAUCACCAAAAUUUCGAACUAACUAUUGAAAGUUUUUUCUCAAUCCAAUUAAUAAAUAA